UUAUUGCCUGAAGCAUUCUAUAUAUAAAUUUCAAGAUUUUAUUGCCAAAGACUUUUAAGUCAUGGCAACUAGUAGUGUUCUUCUCUUCACUUGGAUCAUUGUUGCCCUUCUAGUGCCAACCUUAAUCAAAAUACUUGCAAAGUUUUUCACCAGGACUCGCAGCCCUCCAGGUCCUCCAUCUCUACCCAUUAUAGGCCACCUUCACUUGCUGAGUUCCAAUUUACCAAAAUCCCUUCAAAUCUUAGCUAGCCGCUAUGGCCCAAUCAUGCAGAUCAUAAUGGCUGGAAAACCUGUUGUUGUAGUAUCAGACUCAAAAACAGCCAAGGAAAUUUUGAAAACCCAUGAUGUUGAUUUCGCUUCUAAGUAUGUUCUUGGUUUUGGUCUCUCAAAAUUCAACAUAUAUGAUGGAAAUAGCUUCAUCAACUCUCAAUACGGCACAUACUGGAGGUUUAUGAAGAAGCUAUGCAGAACACAGCUAUUUGCAGGCCCACAGCUUGACCUGUUCAUGCAUAUUCGAGAACAAGAAACUCUGAAGCUGUUAAAAUCACUGGUGGAGAGAUCUGGAGAAGGAGAUGUUUGUGAUUUAGGUAUGGAAAUAUCAAACUUGGCAAAUAAUAUUAUUUGCAAGAUGGCACUGGGCAAGAGAUGUGCUGAAAACCCUUAUUUACCAGUGGAGAUAAGGAAAUCGAUUAGAGCCAUCAUGGAAUAUACAGCGAAGCUGAGCUUCACGCAAAUCUUUGGCCCUUUGAAGAAAUUUGAUCUCUCUGGAAAUGGGAAGAAGCUUAUAUCAGUGACUUGGGAGUUCGACAGGCUAAUGGAGCAGCUGUUUAAGGAGUAUGAAGAAAGCAGAGUCGAUGAUUCAGGACAAGAAGAGAAUGAUUUGAUAAGCAUAUUGUUGGAGACCUACAAAGACACAACUGCCGAACUGAAAAUAACCAGAAAUCAGAUCAAAACUUUCUUCCUUGAAAUAUUCUUGGCCGGCGUGGACACUACUGCAGCAACUAUACAAUGGGCCAUUGCAGAGCUAAUAAACAAUCCCAACAUAUUGAAGAAGCUAAGAGAGGAGAUAGACUCAGUGGUGGGAUCAAACAGGCUAGUUAAAGAAUCAGACAUCCAAAAUCUUCCAUACUUGGAAGCCAUUGUCAAAGAAACACUGAGAAAAUAUCCUCCAGGACCCUUGCUCCGCAGAGAAUGCAACACAGAUACCAAGCUCAAUAACUAUGAAAUCAAAGCAGGCACUAAGAUCCUCGUCAAUGCUUACGCCAUCAUGCAGGAUCCUGACGUCUACAAUGAACCUGACAAGUUCAUGCCAGAGAGAUUCAUAGUGGAUCAUCGAGAGAUGGAUUUUCAUGGCCAGGAUUUUCAUUUCCUUCCAUUUGGUAGCGGAAGAAGAGCUUGCAUUGGAAUAUCACAUGGCUUGAUUGUGGUAAAUGUGACGAUUGCGUCUCUAAUACAAUGCUUUGAUUGGAAGUUAAAAGAUGGAGAUAAGUUUGAUAUUAAAUUGACCACUGGGUAUAGUGGAGCUAUGGCACUGCCUCUUAUGUGUUAUCCAACCACACGUUUUGAUCCCUUCAAGAAAUAAUGUCUGAAGGGAAAUUGCCCAGCAAUCUAAGGGCAGCUACUUCAAUCACUUUGGGUCUUUUACUUCCUUUGCCAAAUGAAUAAGUGUGUUUGUAUG